UACCCGCCCCGCGGCGGCGCCGUGACGCGGCGCGUGACGUCACGCGCCCCGCCCGGGCGCCAUGCCGCGCGUCUACAUCGGGCGCCUGAGCUACCAGGCGCGCGAGCGCGACGUGGAGCGGUUCUUCAAGGGCUACGGCAGGAUCCUCGAGGUGGACCUCAAGAACGGGUACGGCUUCGUGGAGUUCGACGACCUGCGAGACGCCGACGACGCCGUCUACGAGCUGAACGGCAAGGACCUGUGCGGGGAGAGGGUGAUCGUGGAGCACGCCCGGGGCCCGCGGCGGGACAGCGCCUACGGCUCCGCACGCAGUGGAUAUGGUUAUAGAAGAAGCGGAAGAGAUAAGUACGGUCCUCCGACCCGUACAGAAUACAGAUUGAUUGUGGAAAAUUUGUCAAGCCGCUGCAGUUGGCAAGAUCUUAAGGAUUAUAUGCGUCAGGCAGGGGAAGUGACAUAUGCAGAUGCACACAAAGGAAGGAAAAAUGAAGGUGUGAUUGAGUUCAAAUCCUAUUCUGACAUGAAAAGAGCCCUUGAAAAGCUGGACGGGACAGAAGUAAAUGGCAGAAAGAUUAGAUUAGUGGAAGACAGACCUGGAUCGAGACGGCGCCGCUCUUAUUCCCGAAGCCAUUCAAGGUCUCGCUCCCGAAGCAGACAUUCGCGCAAGAGCAGGAGCCGCAGUGCCAGCAGCAGUCGCUCCAAGAGCAGAUCAAGAUCCAGGUCUGUGUCCCGUUCCAGAAGCAAGAGCCGUAGUCGAAGCAAGAGCCGUAGCAGAGGCCAAAAAGAGAAAAGCAGGACUCCAAGUAAAGAGGAUAAAAGUAGGAGCCGCAGCAGGAGUGCAGAAAAAUCACGAGCCAAAAGUAAAGACCAAUCUGAGGGUGUUCUCCAUAACAGUGAUGAGAAAGCAAAGAGCAGGAGCCGCAGCAAGGGAAAGAGUAAGAGCAGGAGCAGAAGUGGGAGUAGAGAAAGGGGAGAGGAGAGGGAGAGCAUGAGGAGUAGGAGCAAAGACGGGGAGAAAAGCAUUAGCAAGGCUAGAAGCCGGAGCAAGAGCAGGGAUAGGAGCAGGAGCCAUAGUAAAGACAAAAGGAGAAGUAGGAAGAGAAGCAGGGAUGGCAGCAAAAGUAGAAGCAGGAGCCGAAGCAAGAGUGAGAAAAGCAAGAGGCGCAACAAGCGGGACAGCAAGGCGAGUGGCAAGAAGAAAAGGAAGGGCAGUCGUGAGCAGUCCAGGUCAGUCUCCAAAGAAAAGGAGUAUCUGAAACCAAAGUCUGACAAGAAGGAAGCCAAGGGAGAGGGUGAGGAUACAGGUGUGCAGCAGGUGUCUCACUCCAGAUCUAGAUCCAAUUCCAAGUCAAAGCCAAAUGUCAAAUCAGAUUCUCGUUCCAGGUCAAAAUCAAUUUCAAAACCCAAGUCCCGGUCCAAGUCUAGGUCCAGGUCUGCCUCUAGAUCACACUCCCGAUCACAGUCAAGGUCUCGCUCCAAAUCCUAACCUUGCUGCAACCACACGUGGAACUAUUGGACAAGUCUUGUACGUGUUUGGUAGUUGUAGCACAAGUGAUUGAAGUAGAACACGUCAAAGCUGUAUAUUUUUAACAACCGUGGUGGUGUGUCUGUCCCCUGUUAACUGCAGUGCUUGCUCCCUGUAAUGCUCACAAGUGCAAGGCUCACUUGCUGUCUUGUAGGAAGAUUUUCUUUAAUUCUUCCUACAGCACUGAAAUUGCCCUGCUUUUCUAAGCCCAGCCUUACAGAGAGUGAGCACUGCGCUUCGGGGUUACGAAAUUGGAAUGAUGACUGAUACGUGGGUGUGAUGGCUUCAGCCAUCAUCACCCUUGAAUUGAUGCCCUUCGGUGUAUGUCAUUUAGUGGAAGUGCAAAGUCUUAAGUUUCUUACUACUUUUGUUUCAUAUUUUUGGACUUAGGGAGUUGUGAAUAGCACUGCCAAAAAGGAGAGAAAAAGGAAAUUGAUACUUGAAGUAAUCUGUAAGGGAAUAGUAGUAGAGUUCCGUAUUCUGG